CUCGGGCAGGUGCCCCUAGGCAAAAGGGGUCCAGAUGGGCAGACUGCCCUUCAGCUCAACGGACGGAUUAUGCAGCAACCGAAACUGUUUUACCCCCAACAUGAGACGUACACCCCUCGGCCUUUAGAGAGACCCGACGGACAGUCAAACCGGCCCUUCCCGGCUUUUGUCCUCCCUGAAAACCUUGCCUCCGUAGGGACACCCAGUUUGUACCACGCCCCCAGCCAAGAGAAAGAGCUAUUUGCAACACCCCCGGCAGGCUUCCACAUGGCUCCGUGCGGUUGCUUCUUUGACCCCCGGAUCUACCGCAUUGAGUGGGCUACGGCCAACUUCGUCCAGCCCUCCGUGUACAAACUCUCCGGCGCGCCGGGCCCGCAAAACACCUACCUGCUGGACGGCCAGAAAUACCUCAAGAGCCCUGUCCAGCCGGUGGCAUACCCGCCCUAUCAGCCGGUCGCCAGCAACCCCCCGUUCGUCUUGCCCUUCUUCAAACCCGAGGGGCCCUCGAGCCACUUGGCGGACCACAUGGGCUUCGUGGGGAGCCCUGCCCACAGCUCCCCCUUUGCAGAGGUGGUCUCUCUCCACAGCGAGGGCCCGGGGCAGAGCAAGGAGCGCAAGCUUCUCUCCACGCUUCCUGGGUUGAACCCGAGCGAGCGGCCAGCCCUGGCAGCGGCCUAUGAACCCCUAAAAGACUGCCACAACUUGGCCUUCCAAGCUUUCAAGGACUUCCAAGCGGACGAGGCAGACGAUGUCCGGAACCCAGAUUUCGCAGAGGACCCUCCAGCCCUGCCGAACGUCUCUCCUGAAGACCACCAGGCCAUCCUCGGUGCGCCGACUGCAGACAUCAUGCCUGAAGCGGAGUCUUGCAUGGACCUGGAGAGCAUCAUCGCGGCCGGGAACGCAUUGAUAGAGGAGGAGGAGGCGUCCUUCAACCUUCCUGAAAAGGUCCUCUUAGAAGAUGCCAUGAAGUUGUUUGACUGCUCCCCGGUGAACUCAGACACCGAGGCCUCGUUGGACGGCUUGGGCAACGGACGCCACAGCCGUCACUGCGGAGACAGCCUGAGGGACAGUUGCUUCUCCGGCGAGGAUUCGACCAGUGACAUCCGGUCCCUCAACUUGCCCGACGAGCUGUUAUCUUUCGAUUACAGCGUGCCGGAAAUCCUCAGCGCGGUGACCAGCCUGGACUACCUCUACGACGUGAACGCUUUCGGGGAGGAGUCGCAGUGGGAGGCCCGGCCGCCCUCGCAGCCCCCCCUGCAGCACGAGUCCCACAUGGGCCUCGAGGAGAAAGCGAAGAGCGGUGUUGCCAAGAAAAACAAGCCUGCGGCCGGCCAGUCCAAGGUGGCGUCUGUGCAGGGAGGCGAUGGUGAACCCCAGGGACAGGAUUCCACCUCACUGGGAAUCUGA